UGGCGCGCGACGCGGAGGUUGGCGGCGGCAACGGCCGCGGCGGCGGCGCCGUCGUUGUCCCUGGCGGGCGGGGGAAGAGCAGCGCCGCUCCAUUUAUCAUCGCGGGCGGGCGGCUGUUUCUGUCAGUCGAGCCUCCGCGCACCGAGGUCGAUCUCGCCUGCCUCUCUCGCGGACCCGAAGGUGAACGGAGCGUGUAUUUUUUUUAGGAAGAUCAACAAUACAAUCAUGCCUGAGAUAAAUACAGAUGAAUUGGAUGAGCAGCAAGUGCAAUUGCUGGCAGAGAUGUGCAUCCUAAUAGAUGAAAAUGACAACAGGAUCGGUUCAGACACAAAGAAAAACUGCCACCUGAAUGAAAACAUUGACAAAGGAUUAUUGCACCGUGCUUUCAGCGUCUUCUUGUUCAACACAGAGAAUAAGCUAUUGUUGCAACAGAGAUCAGAUGCCAAAAUCACUUUUCCAGACUGUUUUACCAAUACCUGUUGCAGUCAUCCACUAAGCACCCCCCUUGAACUGGAAGAAAAUAAUGCCCUUGGCAUUAGAAGAGCUGCGCAGAGAAGACUGAAAGCUGAGUUAGGAAUUCCACUGGAUCAGGUCACUCCAGAAGAAAUCUUCUACCUAACCCGAAUUCACUACAAAGCCCAGUCCAAUGGAACAUGGGGAGAACACGAAAUAGAUUACAUCCUUUUUGCGCAGAAGAAUGUAACGCUGGAUCCAGAUCCCAAUGAAAUUAAAAGCUACUGUUACGUGACGCAAGAAGAAUUGAGAGAACUGCUGGCAAAGGCUUCUCGAGAUGAAAUUAAGAUUACUCCGUGGUUCAGACUAAUUGCAGACACUUUUCUCUUUAAGUGGUGGGAUAACUUGAAUAAUUUGAAGAGAUAUGUUGAUCAUGAUAAGAUACACAGAAUGUAACAAAUUAGGCUGUUCUAAAAUAUCAUACCUUAAAAUUUUUCAUACUGAAAUUGUUUGUUGAAGAAAUGUAUUUGUAGAUUGAUUGCAACAUAGGAAAUUAGGAGUAGGCCCCUUUAAGUGGAAGUUAGAUAUUUAUCUCACAUUGCAUAGCUGUCUUGCUCCCGGAAUAAUAUUUCUUUUCCUUUCAUUUCAUGGGUAUUAAGUCAUUAACAAGUUUGCACUCCAUGAAAAACCGCUGUUAAGUCUGAUGAGUCACCAAGCCACAAUGCCAUGGGAGUAAUUAGGGCUUGAUUACAAUCUCUCCCACAAUGGUCUGUUUGCACAAUAUGGAAUGCAUCAGCUAACCAGUCUUAGGUAAAGUAAAAUGUAGGUGAAAUGAAGAGGUGAACCUGAACUAGUCGACUCUAAAAGCUCUUUCAUAUUUUAUACCAGUCUUACUGAAGCAUGCAGCACAGCUGUUUUUCUAUACUGUCCCCCUUCAAGCUACCUACUUAUCUUUCAAGUAAUUAGCACUUUCAUAUUUAUACUUUACACUGUUCCGUGUUUGACUUGCUUUUGAAGAACCUAUUCCCUUGUAAGCUAUUCUAGCACGUAAUAUAUUUUCCCCAUUAGAAAAGAUACCUGAUAUUUCAAAAGAGAAAUGUUAAAAUUUCUGUACCUGUAGAUUCUAAAUAGGUCUUUCCUGUAAGAAUUAAGCUAUGAUCUAAAAGAAAGGAAAUCUUAAAUGUAAAUAACUUUUUCACAGAACCUUGAAAAAUACCUCAGCUAUUAACAGAACCAAGAAGGGAAAGAUUGUUAGGCAUAUCCUGUGGUCUAGGGGGGAAUGGUGUUGGUGUAUUCUUCAUAAAUACAAUUAUGAACCAUGAAAAUUAAAGUUUAAAAAUUGAA